GGUCACACUUGAGGUAAGACUACCUGGGCAGCAAGAUUAGCAGAGAGAUUGUCACGGAAAAUUAACGUAAAUAAUAUGGAGCUAGAAGUACUUGAUGCAAGGAACUCCAAGUCCUAUGGCAAAGUGCAGGUGUCCUCAUCGUCGCUAUCCAUCAGCGAAUUGCGUGUGGUGAUUCAUAAGUCCCUAAAGCAAACGCCGCAUGCUGACCGCAUAUCGCUUCGCUUGGAACCGCGUGGCAAGAGCUUGAAGGACACGGAUUCAGUGAAAUCCCUCAAUUUGGGCAAUGGCGAUAAGGUGUACAUCAAGGAUUUGGGGCCACAAAUUGGCUGGAAGACUGUAUUCCUGGCUGAAUAUGCAGGUCCUUUGAUUGUCUAUCUGCUAUUCUAUUUCCGCCCAGAGUUGGUCUAUGGCAAGGCGGCUGGCAACGCGAUCUCACUCACCACGCACAUUGCUGCUGGUUGCUACACCGUACAUUAUGUGAAGCGUUUGCUGGAGACGAUCUUUGUGCAUCGCUUCUCUCACAAUACGAUGCCAUUGCGUAAUCUUUUCAAGAACUGCAGCUACUAUUGGGGAUUCACAGCAUAUGUGUCCUAUCACGUCAAUCACCCAUUGUACACCUCGCCCUGCAUGUGCACUGUUUGGGCUGCUCUUGGCGCCUUUGCCCUCUGCGAAUUGGGCAACUUUUCAGUUCACAUUGCCCUGCGCAAUCUGCGCCCACCGGGCACCAAAGUGCGCAAGAUCCCUGUGGCCGACAGCAAUCCCUUGACCAAGCUCUUCAACUUGGUGUCUUGCCCCAACUAUACCUAUGAGAUUGGCGCCUGGGUGUCCUUCUCGGCCAUGACUUCCUGCCUGCCAGCUUAUCUGUUUGCUUUGGCCGGUGCUUUCCAGAUGACUGUUUGGGCUUUGGCCAAGCACCGUAAUUAUCGCAAGGAGUUCAAGGAUUACCCCAGGGGUCGUCGUGCAAUUUUCCCAUUUGUUCUUUAAAUGGCUAAAUGUCGAACAAAAACAAAAAGCUAUACAUAUUCCAA